GCACGUGCGAAACAACAAAGAGAACACAAGUAUUCGACCGGCGCCGGAAAAAAUCAAUGAACCGGCUCAGUCUGGACCCGGCGCUCGUCCCGCCCGCAUGCUUCUCCCUCCCACGCGGGCUCGCCUCAGCCCUUCCCGCUCUUCGUUCAAAACAGCAGGCAUCGCAGCAUACCCGUGUGGAUAUAUGGUCAUCUUACAGCCGUCACGGAGGCAGUGGACCCAUCGCAAGACAAACAGGUGUGGUUCCGUGGCAUCGCAAAGCGGAAGGGAGGCUUCUCGUAACCAUUGCCGGGAAAUUGUCGCGAUACCAGCCUGCGUGCCUGGCGGACCUGCUCGACGGAUCUGCGCAGAGACGACAGCCAGGAAGGCCACCAGGGAACCGACAGUGAUAUAUAGCUGCAACAGCGUGUCUAUCGCUCAAUUUGGCAGCGGUGCUUCGAAAGACGCGCAUGUUAAAACAUUUUGCUUUGCCUUACAGGUCGAGUACCACCGCGCCGUAACUAGAGGCGACAAGCGCGAAGACAAGCAAGCAUCAUGGCGUCCGAAACGAACGAGCCCUGCCUAGUGAACCUCCACAUGACGCCGCUUCAGGCGAGCCACGGUGCCCAGGAGCUGGCCAGGUCCGGCGUCGAGCUUCCGAGCUGGAUCCAGCACUGGGCGAUCGUCUUCCUGUGGCAGGAGCAGGACCGCGCCCUGCGAGUCGAAGGCAUCGAGGAGGACGACAAGUGCGAGGUCAAGGUCAAGGAGAUGAGCUUCCAGGAGGGGCUGGAACAGCCGGGAACCAAGGUAGAGUGCGGCACUUAUCCAUUGACUAUUGAACAAGUGAAAAUGGUAGCCAAGGAAAAAGGUGCCAAUCCACCAGACUACGACGAGCUUACAGCUAGCUGCCAGACUACGGCCAAGGAGGUUCUCUCGGACCUGGGCAUUACAAUUGGAACGCAGAGUGCGCUUGAGUCUGUGCUGACCGUUUUGCUGUCCCUAGGAGGAGACGGCGCUGCGGAAAAGUUGCAGUCUGCCCUCAAGGACAAGACAGCGCGUUAGCCAACGCAGCAAAAGCGAAGAACUGCAGAAAAUUCCGGCACGUGUGCCAAAAUGAAAGUACACACUUGUGGUUGAAUAAAAACCACUACAACCAAAUUAAA